CCAUGGCGGGGUAAUUGUGGCUGGGCGAUGGAUGAGCCGUCAGUUGUUAUGCAGGAGUCUCAACAAGGUGUCGUUGUAAGAUCCGCGGCCCUUUAGGCUGCUUUGAUGAUAUACGGCUGAGAUAUGCAUAGAUGUGACUCGCGUCAUUCGGCGGUAAAACCGGGUCCAAGCGCAUCCAACCAGAUACCGUAGGAUGUGCAGUCGUGCCAUUCGCAGAGGCGCAUUGUGGUAAAAGCUCAGCUCUUCCCGAACCGGGAUGUGAUGUACUCCAGGUGCCGUAACAGAAGGCCAGAAGGUGUUGAUAAACAAUACGAGGCCCGCCGAUUAUGGAAACAAAUCACACUGCAUCUUACCACUUUGUGGCAUGGGUUGGAUUCUCCAUAUGCGUGGAACUGUACUGAAGGACAGCUCGGGCUCGGUCUUCGGCCUCGGGGCCGAGCUUGCUCAAUAACCCCGAAGCUAGGAUUAGAUAUAUUGCUCACUCCGAACAGUUCUCUCGCCUCUCCGUCUUCUCACCACUACUGCAGUCCCCUACUUCAGAGAGUAAAUUUCUUUCCAGCAGCAUCACAGAAAUAUCCCAAAUGCAUUCUCCUUACACCUACUGCGACCCAGCCCCUCUUUCGCAGGUCGAGGCUGUCGGUUUUAUCGCCAGAACUACGUGCGCGGCCUCAACCCUCGCACUGGCGGCAUAGGGGCUCUGGUCAAAGUCGCCCUUGUCGGAACGGCCACUUACUUUUGCCGGUGCCCAAAGCAAUAAUAAUGGGCAGACUUCGCAAUAACCGCCAACCAGUCCAAUUACUGGGCAGGAGGUUGUGAACAGCGUGAAUCUCAAAUGAUGCAUUUGCAGAGAUGAGGUGUCUGGCGUUUGUGGACUUUUGUUUUCUUCAACGGCGUUGGGUAUGUUAAUAAUAAUCUAUGGGGGCCUUCGUUGAUAGUCUCUUGCUAUGCGUUUUGGAUGAAAUUCAUUGCGUAUAUAUGCUGAGAGAAAACUACAUUCUUAC